AUGCCAAAAAAGCGCAAAGGGGCCAAUUUGAGUUGUCGAACGAGCAGUUCCAGAGCCAUGCGAGAUUUAAGAGCACGAAGAUCAAACGAACAAAUUCAAGAAGACAAUGCAAAUUUGCGUGCGAGAGUGUCGCAGUUACGUGAACAACGAUCACAAGAGGCACGAGAUGAACGAAAUCAACAAAGACAACUAGAACGAAGACAAACUCGCAGACUCAUAGUCGACAGACAUAGAGGAAUUGACCAACAACGCCAACAAGUUCAUCGAGCAUUUACGUCAAAUUCAUUUCUUCGACUAGCAUUCCAGUACGAGCCUGAUGUUGAAUAUUAUGCUCAUUCCAAAGUGGUUAUUGGUACUUUGGAGAAGGAAUGCCUGCAUUGUCAUGCACUUAAAUUUAAAAAUGAGCCACUCGGGAUGUGUUGCUCAUCAGGAAAAGUACAACUAACCGAAAUUGAAACACUACCUGAGCCAUUGCACGGUUUACUUAUUGGUACUGAUCCAGAUUCUAGCUUAUUCCUGAAGUCAAUUCGCACAUUCAAUUCAUGUUUCCAAAUGACAUCGUUUGGAGCAACAGAAAUAGUUAGCUAUGUUGCAGCAAACGGUCAACAAUUUAAUUCCACAUUUAAAAUCAAAGGCCAAGUUUAUCACAAAGUGGGCUCAUUGCUGCCAAUGCCAAACGAAUCUCAUAAAUUUUUACAAAUAUACUUUGUGGGUGGCGAGGACUCCGAACGUGCACUCGCCAAUCGAGUGGAUGCACGUUGCGACUUCCAUAAUCUUAAUUCACCUUUUGCCAGGCGUAUCGUCAGUGAGCUAGACGCUCUGUUAAAUGAGUACAAUGAAUUAUUAAAAUUUUUCAAAGCACACAUGCACAAGCUACAAAGUGACAAUCACGCUAUUGUCAUCAAUCCUGAUAGAACACCAGCUGGAGAGAAUGUACUUAGAUUCAACGCACCUGUUGUUGAAGACGUUGCUGGAAUCAUGGUUGGUGACCGUACAGCUACGCGACAAAUCGUGAUUCGAAGAAGAAAUAAUGAUCUUCAGUUCAUCAGUGAUACCCAUCGUUCAUAUGACGCUCUCCAAUAUCCACUAAUUUUCUGGAAGGGACAAGAUGGAUAUUAUGUAAACAUUAAACAACGAGAUCCCGUAACAGGAGCUGAAACAAAUAAAAACGUUAGCUCGAAGGAUUUUUAUUCAUAUCGUUUGAUGAUUAGACGCAGCCGAGACAACAUCAUUUUACGAUGUCGUGAGCUUUGCCAACAAUUUAUGGUCGACAUGUAUGUGAAGAUAGAGAGUGGACGACUAAGAUACUUGCGAUAUAAUCAACAGAAACUGCGUGCGGAAGAAUAUAUUCACUUGCGAGAUGCUAUUGCGAAUAACGCUGACACUGCCGAAAUUGGUAACUCUGUUAUCUUACCAUCAUCGUACAUAGGUAGUCCACGUCACAUGCAAGAAUACAUACAGGAUGCUAUGACUUUCGUGCGUGAAUAUGGACGACCGUGUCUUUUUAUUACUUUUACAUGUAAUCCAAAAUGGCCGGAAAUAACAUCGUUGAUAUUACCAGGACAACAUGCAAUACAUCGUCAUGACAUUACAGCACGUGUGUUUAAACAAAAAUUAAAGUCUUUAAUCAACUUUAUUACCAAAUUGCAUGUAUUUGGACCCACACGUUGUUGGAUGUAUUCAGUUGAGUGGCAAAAGCGUGGAUUACCUCAUGCUCACAUUUUAAUUUGGUUGGUCGACAAAAUACGUGCUGAUGACAUCGAUAGUUUGAUUUCUGCAGAGAUUCCAGAUCCGUCUACUGAUCAAUUACUAUUUGAUAUUGUUACUACAAACAUGAUUCAUGGUCCGUGCGGAAAUCUGAAUCCUUCAUCACCUUGCAUGGUGGACGGAAAAUGUACAAAGCGUUUUCCUAAAGAUUUUACUAACGAUACGGUCACACAUGUUGACGGAUAUCCAAUAUAUCGUCGAAGAAGUACCGAAAAUGGCGGACAAUCUUUCGUUAAAACUAUCAACAAGGCAGACAUCGACAUUGAUAAUCGUUGGGUAGUACCAUAUUCACCUUUGCUGAGCAAAACAUUCGAUGCUCAUACUAAUGUUGAGUUAUGCAGUUCGGUGAAGAGUAUCAUGUAUAUUUGCAAGUAUAUGCAUAAAGGAAGUGAUAUGGCUGCAUUUAGGGUUGAAAAUACUAAUGUUCAUUCUCCUCCAGUGAAUGAAAAUGAUGAAAUUACGAUUUACCAAAUUGGCAGGUAUAUCAGUUCCAAUGAAGCUGUCUGGCGCAUUUUCGGUUUCCCAAUUCAUGAACGGGAUCCAGCAGUUAUCCAUUUAGCUGUCCAUCUUGAAAACGGCCAGCGCGUAUAUUUCACCAACGAUACAGCGCUUGAUCGUGCUAUAAAUCCACCAAAAACUACGCUCACCGAAUUUUUUGAACUGUGCAAUCGUGCGGAUGCUUUUGGUGCCUUCGCACAAACACUGCACUAUUCUGAAGUUCCAUGGUAUUUUACAUGGACUCAGUCAAAACAAUGGAUGCCCCGUAAGAAAGGGAUACCAGUUGAUCCGUGCUUCGGUUUAUUCAAAUCAAAUAAUUUGGGUCGUGUAUAUACAGUCAAUCCAAGGCAAACUGAGUGCUUUUAUCUGCGACUAUUGUUAGUUAAUGUCACCGGACCAUUGUCAUUUCAAGAUAUACGGAAGGUAGAUGGACAACAGUAUCCUACGUAUAAAGAUGCAUGCCUUGCUCUAGGCUUGCUAGAAGAAGACAACCAUUGGGACAGUAUGCUUGCUGAAGCAGCAUUAAACUGCACAGGAAAACAAAUUCGUCUACUAUUUGCUAUAUAG